ACUUUACGGUACCACCAAGUUCUGGAUGACUUCUCGCAAUUUCAGGGAUGGAGCAAGAUGACGAAAGUUUGCCAAUUUGUUGUUUUAUCUUUCGGCAAAAGCAUGAAUAUUGUUCUAGUCACGUACGGGUUUGAAGCGCAGGAUUUUAUAGUUUGCUCCGGUUACAACAUGGAUGCCAUGUGCUCUCCAGAUACGCACGGAAAUAAUGGGAUUUAUGUGUUAUUUCGCUUUUUCCACUGUUCGACGAAUGCAAUUUCUGAAGAUACCGCAGAAUGUUCGCCAUACGGGUGGCGAUUUUGCUGCGUUUCGAAAUACGCGUCCGAUGUCGCGUACUUACGAGAUUUCACUGCCAUCCGUCUCGGCCGCCUCGGCCGGCGUUGCUUCGCAGCAACUAUGGGCUUCUUAACGUCCGACAGGUGAUUUACACGUGAGGAUUUACUGCUCGCAAGAUUUUACGAAAGGCUCUGACCCGCACCGAAACCGGCGUGGUGUGUCGCGAGUCCGUGGCGAGACGAUACGAUCCUUCCAAGAACGAAAAAUCAUUUUUUACAGCUACGAGCUACGAAUGCAAUGGCGAGUGGUACUCAGAGAUAGUGAUUUCAAGGUAU